AUGGCGGAUGUGACCGCCCGGAGCCUGCAGUACGAGUACAAGGCGAACUCGAAUCUUGUACUCCAAGCUGACCGUUCUCUCAUUGAUCGGACCCGCCGGGAUGAACCCACAGGAGAGGUGCUAUCCCUGGUUGGGAAGCUGGAGGGCACCCGGAUGGGAGAUAAGGCUCAACGGACCAAACCACAGAUGCAGGAGGAAAGAAGAGCCAAGCGAAGAAAGCGUGACGAGGACCGGCACGACAUCAACAAGAUGAAGGGGUACACUCUGCUCUCGGAGGGCAUUGAUGAGAUGGUGGGCAUCAUCUAUAAGCCCAAAACCAAAGAAACCCGGGAGACGUACGAAGUGCUGCUCAGCUUCAUCCAGGCUGCCCUUGGGGACCAGCCACGUGAUAUUCUUUGUGGGGCAGCUGAUGAAGUUCUAGCUGUCCUAAAGAAUGAAAAGCUUCGUGACAAGGAAAGGAGAAAGGAGAUUGACCUGUUGCUGGGGCAGACAGAUGAUACCAGAUACCAUGUGCUGGUGAACUUGGGCAAGAAGAUCACAGACUAUGGCGGAGACAAGGAAAUCCAGAAUAUGGAUGACAACAUUGAUGAGACCUAUGGUGUGAAUGUACAGUUUGAGUCUGAUGAGGAGGAAGGCGAUGAAGAUGCUUACGGGGAAGUUCGAGAAGAGGCAUCCGAUGACGACAUGGAAGGGGAUGAGGCUGUGGUGCGCUGCACCCUCUCAGCUAAUCUUGUAGCUUCUGGUGAGCUGAUGAGUUCUAAGAAGAAGGAUUUGCACCCUCGGGACAUUGAUGCGUUUUGGCUGCAGCGGCAGCUCAGUCGCUUCUACGAUGACGCCAUUGUAUCGCAGAAGAAGGCAGACGAAGUGUUGGAGAUCUUAAAGACGGCCAGCGAUGACCGGGAGUGUGAGAACCAGCUGGUGCUGCUGCUCGGUUUCAAUACGUUCGAUUUUAUUAAAGUGCUGCGGCAGCACAGGAUGAUGAUUUUAUAUUGCACCUUGCUGGCCAGUGCACAGAGUGAAGCUGAAAAGGAAAGGAUCAUGGGAAAGAUGGAAGCUGAUCCAGAGUUAUCCAAGUUCCUCUACCAACUCCACGAGACGGAGAAGGAGGAUCUGAUCCGGGAGGAGCGGUCCCGGAGGGAGCGGGUGCGGCAGUCCCGCAUGGACACUGAUCUGGAGACCAUGGAUCUGGACCAGGGCGGUGAGGCUUUGGCUCCGAGGCAGGUUCUGGACUUGGAGGACCUGGUUUUUACCCAAGGGAGCCACUUCAUGGCCAACAAGCGCUGUCAGCUUCCAGACGGAUCCUUCCGGCGCCAGCGCAAAGGCUACGAGGAGGUGCACGUGCCUGCUCUGAAGCCCAAGCCCUUCGGCUCCGAGGAACAACUGCUUCCAGUGGAGAAGCUGCCCAAGUAUGCCCAGGCCGGAUUCGAGGGCUUCAAGACGCUGAACCGGAUCCAGAGUAAGCUCUACCGGGCCGCCCUGGAGACAGACGAGAACCUGCUGCUGUGCGCUCCCACGGGCGCCGGGAAGACCAACGUGGCCCUGAUGUGCAUGCUCCGCGAGAUCGGGAAGCACAUUAACCCGGACGGCACUAUCAACGUGGACAACUUCAAGAUCAUCUACAUCGCCCCGAUGCGCUCCCUGGUGCAGGAGAUGGUGGGCAGCUUUGGGAAGCGCCUGGCCACAUAUGGCAUCACUGUUGCAGAACUGACUGGUGACCACCAGCUGUGCAAGGAGGAGAUCAGUGCCACUCAGAUCAUUGUCUGCACCCCUGAGAAGUGGGACAUCAUUACCCGCAAGGGCGGGGAGCGCACCUACACCCAGCUUGUGCGGCUCAUCAUUCUGGAUGAAAUCCACCUCCUCCAUGAUGACAGAGGUCCUGUCUUGGAAGCGUUGGUGGCCAGGGCCAUCCGAAACAUUGAGAUGACCCAAGAGGAAGUCAGACUCAUCGGGCUGAGCGCCACUCUCCCCAACUACGAAGAUGUGGCCACAUUUUUGCGUGUUGAUCCUGCCAAGGGCCUCUUCUACUUCGACAACAGCUUCCGCCCAGUGCCUCUGGAACAGACCUAUGUAGGCAUCACAGAGAAAAAGGCUAUCAAGCGUUUCCAGAUCAUGAAUGAAAUAGUCUACGAGAAGAUCAUGGAACACGCGGGGAAAAAUCAGGUGCUGGUGUUUGUCCACUCCCGGAAGGAGACUGGGAAGACGGCCAGGGCCAUUCGGGACAUGUGCCUGGAGAAGGACACCCUGGGUCUGUUUCUGAGAGAGGGCUCCGCCUCCACAGAAGUCCUUCGGACGGAGGCAGAGCAGUGCAAGAACCUGGAGCUGAAGGAUCUGCUGCCCUACGGCUUUGCUAUUCACCAUGCGGGCAUGACCAGAGUGGACAGGACACUUGUAGAGGACCUUUUUGCUGAUAAACACAUUCAGGUUUUAGUUUCCACAGCAACUCUGGCUUGGGGUGUGAAUCUCCCCGCACAUACAGUCAUCAUCAAAGGCACCCAGGUGUAUAGUCCAGAGAAGGGGCGCUGGACAGAGCUGGGAGCACUGGACAUUCUGCAGAUGCUGGGACGAGCCGGAAGACCCCAGUAUGACACCAAGGGCGAAGGCAUCCUCAUCACAUCUCAUGGGGAGCUUCAGUACUACCUGUCCCUCCUCAACCAGCAGCUUCCUAUUGAGAGCCAGAUGGUGUCAAAGCUGCCUGACAUGCUCAAUGCGGAAAUCGUGCUGGGAAAUGUCCAGAAUGCAAAGGAUGCAGUGAACUGGCUGGGCUAUGCCUACCUGUAUAUCCGAAUGCUCCGAUCCCCAACCCUCUAUGGCAUCUCCCAUGACGACCUCAAGGGAGACCCCCUGCUGGACCAGCGCCGGCUGGAUCUGGUUCAUACUGCUGCCUUGAUGCUGGAUAAGAACAACCUGGCCAAGUAUGAUAAGAAGACGGGCAACUUCCAGGUGACAGAACUGGGCCGUAUAGCCAGCCACUACUACAUCACCAACGACACGGUGCAGACCUACAACCAGCUGCUGAAGCCCACUCUGAGCGAGAUUGAGCUCUUCAGAGUCUUCUCGUUGUCUUCAGAGUUCAAGAACAUCACUGUGAGAGAGGAGGAGAAGCUGGAACUGCAGAAGCUGCUGGAGAGGGUGCCCAUUCCUGUAAAGGAGAGCAUUGAGGAGCCCAGUGCGAAGAUCAAUGUGCUGCUCCAAGCCUUCAUCUCACAGCUGAAGUUGGAGGGCUUUGCACUGAUGGCUGACAUGGUGUAUGUCACACAGUCGGCAGGCCGGUUGAUGCGGGCCAUCUUUGAAAUUGUCCUGAACCGAGGUUGGGCACAGCUUACAGACAAGACCCUGAAUCUCUGCAAGAUGAUCGAUAAACGCAUGUGGCAGUCCAUGUGUCCGCUGCGUCAGUUCCGGAAACUCCCUGAGGAAGUCGUGAAGAAGAUUGAGAAGAAAAACUUCCCCUUUGAGCGUCUGUAUGACCUGAACCAUAAUGAGAUAGGGGAGCUCAUCCGCAUGCCGAAGAUGGGCAAGACCAUCCACAAAUACGUCCACCUGUUCCCCAAGUUGGAGCUGUCGGUGCACCUGCAACCCAUCACGCGCUCCACCCUGAAGGUGGAGCUGACCAUCACUCCAGACUUCCAGUGGGACGAAAAGGUCCAUGGUUCGUCCGAGGCAUUCUGGAUUCUGGUGGAGGAUGUGGACAGUGAGGUGAUACUGCACCAUGAGUAUUUUCUACUCAAGGCCAAGUAUGCCCAGGAUGAGCACCUCAUUACGUUCUUUGUGCCCGUCUUUGAACCACUGCCCCCUCAGUACUUCAUCCGCGUGGUGUCUGACCGCUGGCUCUCUUGUGAGACCCAGCUUCCUGUCUCCUUCCGACACCUGAUCCUGCCAGAGAAGUACCCACCUCCCACGGAACUUCUGGACCUGCAGCCCUUGCCCGUGUCUGCCUUGAGAAACAGCGCCUUCGAGAGCCUUUACCAAGAUAAAUUUCCUUUCUUCAACCCCAUCCAGACCCAAGUGUUUAACACCGUGUACAACAGUGAUGACAACGUGUUUGUGGGAGCACCCACUGGCAGCGGGAAGACCAUCUGUGCGGAGUUCGCCAUCCUGCGUAUGCUGCUGCAGAGCUCGGAGGGGCGCUGUGUCUACAUCACCCCCAUGGAGGCGCUGGCAGAGCAGGUGUACAUGGACUGGUACGAGAAGUUCCAGGACCGGCUCAACAAGAAGGUGGUGCUCCUGACGGGCGAGACCAGCACAGACCUCAAGCUUCUGGGCAAAGGCAACAUCAUUAUCAGCACCCCCGAGAAGUGGGACAUCCUCUCUCGGCGCUGGAAGCAGCGCAAGAACGUCCAGAACAUCAACCUCUUCGUGGUGGACGAGGUCCACCUCAUCGGGGGCGAGAAUGGGCCCGUCUUGGAAGUGAUCUGCUCCCGGAUGCGCUAUAUCUCCUCCCAGAUUGAGCGGCCCAUUCGCAUUGUGGCUCUUAGCUCCUCGCUCUCAAAUGCUAAGGAUGUGGCCCACUGGCUGGGCUGCAGCGCCACGUCCACUUUCAACUUCCACCCGAACGUGCGCCCUGUGCCCUUGGAGCUGCACAUCCAGGGCUUUAACAUCAGCCACACACAGACUCGCCUGCUGUCCAUGGCCAAGCCCGUGUACCAUGCAAUCACCAAGCACUCGCCCAAGAAGCCUGUCAUCGUUUUUGUGCCGUCCCGCAAGCAGACCCGCCUCACUGCAAUCGACAUCCUCAGCACGUGUGCGGCCGACAUCCAGCGGCAGAGGUUCUUGCACUGCACUGAGAAGGACCUGAUCCCGUACCUGGAGAAGCUGAGCAACUCCACGCUCAGGGAGACGCUGUUGAACGGGGUGGGCUACCUGCACGAGGGGCUCAGUCCCAUGGAGCGGCGCCUGGUGGAGCAGCUCUUCAGCUCAGGGGCCAUCCAGGUGGUGGUAGCCUCUCGGAGUCUCUGCUGGGGCCUGAGCGUGGCCGCCCACCUGGUGAUCAUCAUGGACACCCAGUACUACAAUGGCAAGAUUCACGCGUACGUGGACUACCCCAUCUAUGACGUGCUCCAGAUGGUGGGGCAUGCCAACCGACCUCUGCAGGAUGACGAGGGGCGCUGUGUCAUCAUGUGCCAGGGCUCCAAAAAGGACUUCUUCAAGAAGUUCUUAUAUGAGCCCUUGCCAGUGGAGUCUCACCUGGACCACUGCAUGCAUGACCACUUCAAUGCUGAGAUUGUCACCAAGACCAUUGAGAACAAGCAGGAUGCCGUGGACUACCUCACCUGGACCUUUCUGUACCGCCGCAUGACACAGAACCCCAACUAUUACAACCUGCAGGGCAUCUCCCAUCGCCACCUGUCUGACCACUUGUCAGAGCUGGUGGAGCAGACCCUGAGUGACCUGGAGCAGUCCAAGUGCAUCAGCAUAGAGGACGAGAUGGACGUGGCACCUCUGAACCUGGGCAUGAUCGCUGCUUACUAUUACAUCAACUACACAACCAUUGAGCUCUUCAGCAUGUCCCUGAAUGCCAAGACCAAGGUGCGGGGGCUCAUUGAGAUCAUCUCCAAUGCGGCCGAGUAUGAGAACAUUCCCAUCCGGCACCAUGAGGACAACCUCCUGCGGCAGUUGGCUCAGAAGGUCCCGCAUAAGCUGAACAACCCUAAGUUUAAUGACCCACAUGUCAAGACCAACCUGCUCCUGCAGGCUCACCUGUCCCGUAUGCAGCUGAGUGCAGAGCUGCAGUCAGAUACCGAGGAGAUCCUUAGCAAGGCGAUCCGGCUCAUUCAGGCCUGUGUAGAUGUCCUGUCCAGCAAUGGGUGGCUCAGUCCUGCUCUGGCAGCCAUGGAACUGGCCCAGAUGGUCACCCAAGCCAUGUGGUCCAAGGAUUCAUACCUGAAGCAGCUGCCACACUUCACCUCAGAGCACAUCAAACGCUGCACAGACAAGGGAGUGGAAAGUGUUUUUGACAUCAUGGAGAUGGAGGAUGAAGAGCGAAAUGCGCUGCUUCAGCUGUCUGACGGCCAGAUGGCGGACGUGGCCCGCUUCUGCAACCGCUACCCUAAUAUCGAGCUCUCUUAUGAGGUGGUGGAUAAGGACGGCAUCCGCAGUGGCGGGCCCGUCGUUGUGCUGGUACAGCUGGAGCGAGAGGAGGAAGUCACAGGCCCCGUGAUUGCGCCUCUCUUCCCACAGAAACGUGAAGAAGGCUGGUGGGUGGUGAUCGGAGAUGCCAAGUCCAAUAGCCUCAUCUCCAUCAAGAGGCUGACCCUGCAGCAGAAGGCCAAGGUGAAGCUUGACUUCGUGGCCCCAGCCACUGGAGCCCACAACUACACUCUGUACUUCAUGAGUGACGCUUACAUGGGAUGUGACCAGGAAUACAAAUUCAGUGUGGACGUGAAAGAAGCCGAGACAGACAGCGACUCGGACUGA